GAUCUUCGGAGCACAUCGCUUCCAUUAAAAGUAGGGGCCACAAUGGUAAUGUUUUCUUCAGAUAAUCUUGUUCCCGUCAGCUGAUCCGUGUAGUUAACCUCGCUCCUGUCCUAACCACACGACUCGAUCAGACGUUCCGAGUUGCGAAUCACGCAGUGCAUUUGCAUUUCAAAAGUCACACAAGUUUAGGAUGGAUACUUCCAAGCUUCCUAAGAUCCGUGAUGAGGAGCGGGAGAGCGAGUUUGGAUAUGUCCAUGGGGUUUCAGGUCCAGUGGUUACAGCAACGGCCAUGGCAGGAGCGGCCAUGUAUGAGCUGGUCCGUGUUGGUCACAGUGAGCUGGUGGGAGAAAUCAUCCGUUUAGAGGGAGACAUGGCCACCAUUCAAGUCUACGAGGAGACUUCUGGUGUGUCUGUCGGAGACCCUGUCCUCAGGACAGGAAAACCUCUUUCUGUAGAGUUGGGGCCGGGAAUCAUGGGUUCCAUCUUUGACGGUAUUCAGCGCCCGCUGAAGGACAUCAAUGACCUCACUCAGAGUAUCUACAUUCCCAGAGGGGUUAACAUUGGAGCCCUCAACAGAGACCUUAAAUGGGAGUUUUCUCCUGGACAGAGCCUCAGAGUUGGGAGUCACAUUACCGGAGGGGAUAUUUAUGGCAUGGUGUUUGAGAACUCCCUGAUCAAGCACAAGCUCAUGCUUCCACCACGGAACAGAGGCACGGUCACUUACCUGGCCCCACCUGGAAAUUACGAUGUUUCUGAUGUAGUGCUGGAACUGGAGUUUGAAGGAGUAAAGGACAAGUUCACCAUGAUGCAAGUUUGGCCCGUACGACAAAUUCGUCCUGUCACAGAGAAGUUACCUGCCAAUCAUCCUCUGCUUACUGGCCAGAGAGUUCUGGACGCCCUUUUCCCCUGUGUCCAGGGAGGGACCACUGCUAUCCCCGGAGCCUUUGGCUGUGGGAAGACUGUGAUCUCUCAGUCCCUGUCCAAGUACUCCAACAGUGACGUCAUCGUCUAUGUGGGCUGUGGAGAGCGAGGGAAUGAGAUGUCUGAAGUACUGCGAGAUUUCCCUGAGCUUACUAUGGAAGUGGAUGGAAAGGUUGAGAGUAUAAUGAAAAGAACAGCCUUAGUGGCCAACACCUCCAACAUGCCUGUGGCUGCCAGGGAGGCCUCCAUAUACACAGGGAUCACCCUGUCCGAGUACUUCAGAGACAUGGGCUACCAUGUGAGCAUGAUGGCUGACUCCACCUCACGAUGGGCUGAGGCCCUCCGAGAGAUCUCAGGGCGAUUGGCUGAGAUGCCCGCUGAUAGUGGAUAUCCUGCCUAUCUGGGGGCCAGACUGGCCUCUUUCUACGAGCGUGCCGGUAGAGUCAAGUGCCUGGGAAACCCAGAAAGAGAGGGCAGCGUCAGCAUUGUGGGAGCUGUGUCGCCCCCUGGUGGAGACUUCUCAGACCCUGUCACCUCAGCCACGUUGGGUAUCGUCCAGGUGUUUUGGGGUCUGGACAAGAAGCUGGCCCAGCGGAAACACUUCCCCUCAGUCAACUGGCUGAUCAGCUACAGCAAGUACACCCGCGCUCUGGACGAGUACUACGACAAGCACUUCCCUGAGUUUGUGCCACUGCGCACCAAGGCCAAGGAGAUCCUGCAGGAGGAGGAGGACCUGGCUGAGAUAGUCCAGUUGGUCGGCAAGGCAUCUCUGGCAGAGACUGACAAAAUUACAUUGGAAGUUGCUAAACUCAUCAAAGAUGACUUCCUACAACAGAAUGGUUAUACUCCAUAUGACAGGUUCUGCCCCUUCUACAAGACCGUGGGCAUCCUGUCCAACAUGAUCGCCUUCUACGACAUGGCCCGGCACGCGGUCGAAACUACAUCCCAGAGUGACAACAAAAUCACCUGGUCCAUUAUCCGCGAGAACAUGGGAGAGGUCCUAUACAAGAUCAGCUCCAUGAAAUUCAAGGACCCAGUGAAAGACGGGGAGGCUAAGAUCAAGGCGGACUAUGCCCAGCUUCUGGAGGACAUGCAGAACUCAUUUCGCAGCCUGGAAGACUGAGCUCUGGUCCUUCUCUCGACAUCCCUUCCUCUCCCAGCCCUGCUAGUUCUCCCAAUGCCCCAGUGAAACGCAAUGUGUUGCUCCAGAGGCGCCCUGUUUGUGAAUGUCUUCUUUAGGCCUGUGACCUCACUACAAUCACUUCAACUCAUUUCUAUCCUUGGUGUUCCCCUACCCAGAUCCACAUUCCAAUCUUAUGUCCCUUAUCACAACACUACACUCUUGUAUGUUUCUUACAACCCUACUGUCGUCUACAAGGCAGUACUGGAAUCCUCUGGGUUUAAACUUGAAGUGAUCGGUACCAAAUGUGACACGGAGAGAAGGACCAAAUGUUUUGAUUGUAGCAAUAAAACUGCUGCUGCCCCUACUUGCAUAGAUGUGCAAGUGACCACAAGCCGUGACAGUACUAAUUCAUAGCCCCCUUGUUGCAGCCAGCCAUUUAUGGCCUCAAUCAGGUGCAACACUUGCACUUAACUUGCUGCUGCAACAGAAUGCUGACUGUCAGUUGAUUGACACAUGUGGAUGUAUACAAGACAGAUUGUUGACUGAAAUUGAGACAUUUGGUCAAGGGAUGGAGGCCUCCUGUUUGUUGUCAGGAUGUUGAGACACUUGUCGUCAACCUUACCUCAGAGAUGUGAAUUUGUUUUCUCUGAGGAUACAUUGAUGUUGGUUAUUUGUCUCUGUGUGUGUGUGUGUGCGCGUGUGUUAAACUGUUAGUCCCUUGUGGCAAACAUGUUCUGGUAUAUUUAUGACAAAUAUUCUAUUUGGUUUCAAAGAUAAAUAAAUUGAUAAUGACUAUUUCCA